AUGAUCGAGCAAGCGAAGCAACACUUUCUAGAUUUCAUAGAAAAGAACCCGACUGUUCUGGCUUUCGGCCUCGUCACGCUGUCAGGUGCUGCCUUCUUCGUCGCAAUCGCAGAAUACUUCAAGCCAGUCGGCAAGCGGAAGCUGAAGGAUGGCAGAAAGUCUCAUCUUCCUCCUGGGCCACGCGGCUUGCCUAUCCUUGGUUCACUGCACCUUCUGAAAGAUGCACGACAUGACCCAUAUCACAAACUGCUUCUCGACUUAGCCAAAUACGGUGAAAUGACAACUGUUCAUGUAGGGUCUAAGACCUGGAUCUUCCUCAACAGCCAUCGCGUGGUAUCAGAAAUCAUUGCCAAAAGAGGCAGCGUGACGAAUACUCGAUCUCCCAUGCCCAUCUCCAGCGGCAUCGUCAGCCAUGAUGGCCGUUCUCUCAUCCUACCCCAGGAAGCCUGGGCCGAGCGACGGCGAGUCAUGCACAGUCUUCUUAGCGGCAGUGCCCUCAAACAAUAUGGCGAGUGGCAGGAGCUCGAAAGCACGCAGCUGAUGGCCGAAUACUUGUUCAAGCCGCAUCUCUGGUAUAAACACCAUUAUCGAUACGCAAAUUCGGUCAUCCAUCGCAUUGCCCUCGGCGAACGCCUCAGUAAAUCAACACAGGAACUAGCAGACCUCCAAAAUUGCGUCACCUUCUUCGUCGGCAGCAUCGGAUCCAGCGUGAUCGACUGGUUCCCCGACCUCGCCAAGCUACCCAAGUUCAUGCAGUUCUGGCGCCCUCAUUGGGAAGCUCUGGCGGAGUGGAACUACAAUGUCUACAUGUCGUGGUGGGCGCCCGCGAGGAAACAAGUCGACGAGGGAACUGCGCCGCCUUCGUUCAUUAGGGACGUGCUUUUGCACAGCGAUACCAAGUACAAAGGCAACGACGAGGACUGCAUGUACCUCGCCAUGCAGCUGAUCGAGGCGGGGAGCGACACCACUCGAGAGGCUCUCAACAUCAUGGUGAUGGCAAGCCUCGAAUAUCCAGAGCCGUUCAGGAAAGCGAGACUCGAGAUUGACCAACUUUGCGGCACGGGGGAAAACGCACGUCUGCCAGUCCUCACUGACAUGGAUGAUUUACGCUACAUCUGCGCAAUAGCGAAGGAGGUCUUGCGCUGGAGGCCCAUUUUCAUCCUUACCCCGGAUCACGUUGCAUCCCGCGACUUUGAGUUCGAGGGCUACAGAUUUCCUGCCGGUACUGGGUUUGUCAUUAACGAAGUUCCUGUGGGAAACGAGUGUGAGAAUCCCGAGGUCUUCUACCCAGAGCGAUGGAUGGAUGGCCAUGAAACGGAUAUCGCCCAUGGGCUGUGGCAGUUUGGGGGAGGCCGUCGAAUCUGCGUUGGUUACCGUCUGGCGCAGAGAAGCCUCUUUAUCAACAUCGCCAGACUCGUCCAAUGCGUUGACUUUAAACCCGACGGUCCUUACAACUCAAAGAUUCUCAAUCAGGAAUCGACAGAUGAACCAUUCCCUGUCAAGGCCACCAUCCGGAGCAAGCACUACGAGAAUCUAAUUGUGCGGGAGGCUACAAAAGCCGGCGUCUUGGGGGACGCCCAUCAUAUUUUGGAGCAAGUUGCAUACAUCUUCGCAGCCUGCAGCCUUCUCCUCUCCGCGAACGACAUCCUCAACCAACAGUUCCACAACAACUGGACAAGCAAUGCUGGCUGGAAUUGGGACAAGGAAAUUGUUAUCAUAACGGGAGGAAGCAGCGGUAUUGGUGCCACACUUGCUCAGGAACUCUAUGCUCGAAAUCCCAAAACGCGAAUUGUCGUCAUCGAUUACGUGCCUUUAACUUGGGAGCCAGAGAAAGGAUCCCCGGUCAGCUACUAUCAGUGCGACUUAAGCAACUCGUCUAACAUCCAGGCCGUAUGCAACAAGAUUCGGCAACAAGUCGGGCACCCUACAGUCUUGGUUAACAAUGCAGGCAUCUGUCGUGGAGUCACUGUCUGCGAUGGUGCUUAUGGCGAUGUGGAGUCGACUAUACGGACAAACCUCAUCGCGCCGUUUUUGUUAGCUAAGGAAUUCCUGCCUUGGAUGAUCCAGCACGACCAUGGCCACAUCGUUAACAUUAGCUCGAUGAGCGCACUUCUCCCUCCGAGCAAGGUGGCAGACUAUGCGGCGACGAAGGCCGGCUUGGUAGCGCUACAUGAAGCACUGCAAUUGGAAUUGAAAUACGCACACGACGCACCUCGGGUGAGGCUAUCGUUGGCUAUAUUCAGCUUCAUCAAGACGCCUUUGUUCAGGGGAGAAACCAGGCAAUCGCACUUCUUCUUCCCAUUGCUCGACGUACGCACCGUUGCCGAGUCACUGGUUGAUGUGCUUUAUGGUGGGUAUGGCAAAACCAUCUAUAUGCCCGGAAUCAUGCGAUAUGUCGCCAUCAUGGUAAUGCUAUUGCCCCUGCUUAGCCCCCAACUGCCCGAGAUAUAA